UGUUUAGCAUGUGGUCAGUGCUGCAUUUCUCUGCUGUUUCUCAUUGAUUAAAAUGAUAGAUGAUAGGUACAGAAAGCCACCAAUUACCUCAACCUUAAAACAAAAUUUUAGUACUUUAAAUUAAAAUUUGUAUAGAGAAGUUAAUAAUUUUCUAUUUUCUUAGUUUGUACAAUGUCCUUAUAAGUGUUCUAAUGGAUUAAAUUAUUUUGCGUACCUGCUAUGACCAAACCCAAAAAUUUUCUUGGAAACUUUUUGAAACCUUUCUUCUCAAGCUCCAACAGAGGGAGAAAUGAAGAUGACUUGCAGAACAUUGCAGCACAAGAACAGAGGCAAUUUGCCUUUGACGUUCUUGUUACUGCAACCAAAAAUUUCCACCCAGAUACCAAGCUUGGUGAAGGUGGAUUUGGGCCUGUUUUCAAGGGGCAAUUGAGUGAUGGAAGGCAAAUAGCUGUGAAGAAGCUUUCACAUAGUUCAAGGCAAGGGAUGAAGGAAUUCAAGAAUGAAGCAAAGUUGUUGGCACGUGUACAACAUAGAAAUGUUGUGAAUUUGUUAGGGUACUGUGCACAUGGUGUAGAGAAGCUAAUUGUUUAUGAGUAUGUUGCUAAUGAGAGCCUUGACAAGAUCCUUUUCAAAUCUGCUAAGCGAGAUGUACUCAACUGGAAGCAACGGCAUGACAUAAUUAUUGGGAUGGCUAGAGGGUUGCUAUACCUUCAUGAAGGUUCACAUAAAUGCAUUAUCCACCGCGACAUCAAAGCUAGCAACAUCCUACUUGAUGACAAAUGGAUCCCCAAGAUUGCUGAUUUUGGAAUGGCUCGACUCUACCCUGAAGAUCAAACACAUGUUAACACCCGUGUAGCUGGUACUAAUAGUGGCUAUAUGGCACCAGAGUAUGUUAUGUAUGGACAUCUAUCGGUGAAGGCUGACGUAUUCAGUUUCGGCGUAGUAGUUCUGGAGCUCAUAAGUGGCCAGAAGAAUUCUAACUUUAACAGAGAUCCUGAUUCUCGAAGUCUUAUUGAAUGGGCAUACAAGCUUUACAAGAAGGGUAGGAGCUGGGAGAUUACGGACCCCGCAAUGGCACAAUCAGCUAUACCUGAUGAGAUAGCAAUGUACGUACAGAUUGGCUUAUUAUGCACUCAAUCCGAUCCACCACUACGCCCGACCAUGCAGCAGGUAGUGGUGAUGCUAUCAAAGAAUCCCGGUUCUCUUGAUAAAGAACCAACACGACCUGGAUAUCCCGGUUCAAGAAUUAGAUCUCGCAGACCGGGUGGAUCAUCUCAUACAGGUGGAACCUCUGCUGCAUCCAAUCCUUCUACAUUCAGCUACACAUCGUCUGGUAGCCACACGGCUUACAGGUCUUGAAAGUUCAAAUAAUAGGAAGCUGAAAAUUCCCACUCUGCAACAGUUCAAAACAAUAUGAAAGUUCCAUUUCAACUUAAUACAACAGAAUCAUAGAAUGGAAGAGCAAUAUCAGUAAGAACAGAUCAGUAGUAGCUAACUGGAGCUUAUUUCAUCUUUUAACUGUCACAAGAGCCAAAAGUUAAUUGUGUAUUUUGCUAUUGCAGUGGUUUUCUAACCUACUUGUGUGCACUCUAACCAUUCACCUGGUAUUUGCUACUUCCCGCUAACACGAGUGACUUUGAGUACCAAGAUAUUGGAUUGGAAGUUCUCAAACUUCAGACUCGAAGGUCGUCGAGUCUACAGCUGGAAACUGUUUAAGCCUAACUUCAUACCUAAAUGUCUGAAGUUCAAAUCUCAGACUUUGAAAUUCAAUUGCAUGGUCAGUCCUAUCUUCAGACACGUAUGUCUGAAGUUUGAAACUUCUGACCUGGGAUUUUGAAUUUCAGUCUCGCGAUUUUGAAUUUAAUUCUAAUUAAGGCAGCUAAACUUUAAAAACUUUUUAAACCUCGCCUAUUCAUUAAAAAAUGGCCCUCAAAAGGACUGUUUGCGCACUUGCCCCUUGUUUAAAUUGCACAAAAGAAGUAUCAUCUCAUUGAGUCAUUGUGGGUUUGAGAACUUGCAUGUUACCCCACUAUGGUAUAACAAAAACUCAUAAAUUGUUUUGAGCUUUUCAAAUUCAUUUAUUUUCCCCUUCUCCCUUCCUUCCCUCAGCUAUGGUUAAAAAUAAAUCUCUGAUCACAGUGACUAGAAUUUCAUUUUCUUUUUUCCCGAAAUGUUCAUGCAGAAUACCUUAAAUACCGAAAACCUAGUAUCAACUGAUCAAUCAUACCAUUACUACUUCAAAUUGGAAACAACAGCCCUAAUUUAGUAAGGGAAGUCCUAAUGGGUGAUUUGUUACAUGGAGUGUGGCGGAUGUAGUUGUUUGGCAAGUGGCAAUGGGUAUUGGCGAAGUCAGGAUUUUCAAUAAGGGUUCAAAAUAUAAAAAAGUAAAUAUGUGAAGAAGUCAAGGGGGUUCAACAUCUACUAGAUAUGUUUUUUUUUUUUUAACAAUGUGUGUGGGGGUGUAUAUAUAUAGUGUAAUAUUUUGUUGAAGGGGGUUCGAACACCCUUCCACCCACUUGGCUCCGUCCCUAUGGGUUCAUUUGAAUCUAAUAUCCUUAACGAACCAUAAAUAUCAAAUUCAUAAAAUUAAAAGUCUGAAUCCACUUCAAAAUAGAUAAAGACUGUUGAAAAAGAAUUAAUCGCUUUGAAGAACAAAACCUAGGUUUUAGAAAGGCCUAGUGGUCCUAAUAUGCUGAAGUUUGAAGCACUUAGAGUCCGGAACCUAAAUGACCCAAAAAGAAAAAAAGACAAAGUGGAUCAAAAUACCUCAAGAAAAAAAAUUGAUUCCAAAGUACCCUUAAUGCAAUAAUUUAUUGCGUUAAAGGACUUAAUUGUAACUGCUCAGUUAAGUCCGCAGUAAAUUACUGCGCUAUUCUAAUUUUUUUUGGUUAAUUACUCUCUUUCUUUUUAAAUUUUCACACUUUUUCUGUACUUUAGCCAUAGAUUAAUCAUGCUUCGAGACUCCGGAACUUCAAUAUUUUAUAUAGAACUCGAUAUAUUUUUGUGCGAUUAAUAAGGUAAGCUCAAUACAUCAAGGAUACGCAAAACUUCGGGUUGUCGUUUUAGUGAUUAAAAAGUGCUCGAAAUAAGUUUUUGUUUGAAAACUUGUUAUCAAUUAGCUUUAAAUUUUUUAUUUUUCUGAGUUUAGAUUUAAGCGUAUUAAUUUAUAGUCAAAAUUGCAGAAUUCAUACCAAUCUCAAAAUAAUUAAAUUGCAUCAAUAUUAUGAAAAUACUUAAAGUACAUCAUUACUAACAAACCGAAACUAGUUAAAAUACAUCAUCGAAGAAAAAACUUAAAAUAGAUUCAUCAAUUCAUGCCCAUGACUCGAUGUUUAGCCAGUGCGAGAUGUGCCACCACUGCGGGAUAUGCCGCCACCACGAAAGGUUCUUUCACCACGUGAGGUACUUCCACCGCGAGAUGUACUUUCACCACCACCCCCUAAGGGACACUUACGCUUAUCAUGACUAACAUAAUUGAAAAAAGAGCAUUUUCGAGUGUAUCUCCCCAGUGGAACAUCCAUUUCAUUAGAAAUACGGGAGUAUGCUCUCUGUUUCAAUUUACGGAUAAAUGCUUUGUUAGCAAGCAUGGAAAAUGGCUCAGGUGGCCAAUAACUAUCAACACCAAGUGGAUAGAACCGACCGACAUAUGUUUUGCAUAAUUUUCCACGGUAUAUUCCGAAGCCAUGUAUUAUAAGGCAUUCUUUCCCAUUGUGAUAAAACACUUGAAGGCAUGAGAACAUGGUAUGUGGUAUGAUUACCACUUGCCACAUGUGCAUGUUCUUGGUAUCUUGCAAAUUGUGUGAACGUUACCUCCAUGAUCUUGGUGCACACUUGUUGUAAGUUCAUAAAUACACUCUGCAUAGUUGUACUCCAUCCUUGAGUGUUGCUGGCACUUAAAUUUGCGAUACUCAAAUAAUUGUGUUGGUUUUGGCAUCCAUUUCAGACCGUCUGCCGCAAAUCCUUUGGCUGCCUUUGAUCCAGUCACGAACUGCUCCACAACUUGCCUAAAAGUCAUUCUCACCAUUGCAGUAAUGGUAGUCCCCGUGCAGAUUUCAACAAGCCAUUGAAUGACUCAGAGCUGUUUGUUGUUAGUAUUCCCUAUCUCCUACCUUCAUAAUUGUGUAAUGUUCAUUUGUCUUUAUCGAUUUUAUUCAACCAGUGGUAGGCUCCCCUCAUCCGCCUGCCUAAUUAACUCAAUCCGCAUAUGAAAUUUCUUCUCCUGAUUCUCUGUUGCAGCCGCCCACAUCCAACAUCCAAUUGUUCAGUGCUGGGCUUCGAUGUUUCUGCUAAAAAUUUGCCUUCAAAUGCGUUAAACAAUAAUGAUGGUAGACAAAGGGCGGCUGCCACCCAUGCAAAUCCUACAUAUUGCUCAAUAUGCCAGCAUGUCUGUCUGAUAGAACACGUACACCCAUUCAAUCCUUAUAAUGUGUUGCCUCAAGUAGGUCAAAAACAGAUGUUGACACCUAAUUUUGGCUCGACGUGCUUAAAAUUAACGUUUUGGGGGCCCCUGAUUCGUUAAAGAGCACGAAAUACAUUUUUACACAUUUUUACAUUUUUUCAACAAUUUAUUGAUGAUUAUCCUUAUUUUAGGAAUUUUCUCAAUUUAUUGUCAUUUUUUAAGAAUCAUUAUUUUGCACAUGUACAGCGUAAUACUACCAUUUUUUGUGCAAUUAAUAAUUGUUUCUUAAUUUUAUAGCAAUACAUUUUCAUAUCAUAGACAUUAAUGUUUAUAUUUUUAUACUUGCGUUAUUAUUUAUACAUGUAUUAAUUAACUAUAUUUUAAUAUAUAGUCCGACAGUGCAGAGAAAAUCGGAGUAAUUAAUUUUUAAACGCAGAGUAAAAUUUGGUCAAGUCAAGAUCUCAUCACUUUUUUUUAAAAAAAAAGAGUUAAUUGAGAUGAUGGGUUGGGGACAAAGGGGUAUGGCUUCAUUAUUUUUUGGCAUAAAAAGGGGUGUUUGUUUAUAUUAUAAGAAAAUGGGGGUUUAAUUUAAUGAUGGAUUCCACACAUCUUCACUACACACACACAUACUUAAUUUUUUUUCAGAUUUUUUGCUUCCCCCUCUCUCUUCUAAAAAAAACAAAACCCUAAACAUUUUUCUCCCUCCCUCCUCUUUCCACAGCCGCCGCCACCUUCUACGCCGGAGCUCGGAGCUCCGGCGAACCCCGCCACAUCUCUCUCUCAUCAGCCAGCAACCAACUACACCACCAUCUUCCUCCCAUCGCACAGCCCCCCUUCGUCUCCCUCUCUCCCUCACCCACUGCCCGCUCCAGCGAACUCACGACGCCGGAGCUAAAAAACCGUAGAUCUCCACCGGUGAUUAUUUCUUCAAUGAAGAAAGAAACUGACGACAUCGAGGUCUUGUGCAUAACGAAGAACUAACAAGAAAUUUCUCUGUAAAUGAUUCUAGAGAUUUAGCAAAGAGCAUAACAAAAUUGUGGCAUGACGCAAGUAGUGUAAAAUUUUGGUCGGAGGCAGAUGACCAGACUUUACUUUAUGUACUGCCAGUUUAAUAGCUUCUGUUUCUAGAUUUUUCAAUCUCAGUGGUAUCAAUGGUACUUACUUUUAAGCCUCUGUAUUGCAAAAACAAAAGGAUUGAUCGGGAUAAGAAUUUACUAUGGAUAGAUAUCUAUUUUGUAAGAUUGCACUUAGAAUCCUGGGUUUAUGGAUGAGCUAUGUGUUGCUUACUGUUCUAUAUCCUGCAUUUACAAUGAAUAAUUUUACUGCUUACAUGGCCGAUGAAGAAAUUUCCGUCGAUUUCCAAGGCCUUCCAUGUACAAAGACGGGGUUUUAUUUUAAGUUUAUUCAUUAUUUCUUUAAUUCAUCCGAUAGUUAUUUAUUUUCUUACUAACAUUUUUAUUAAGUCUCACGCAGGUAUCCGGAGUUACUUUUUGAAGAUGGCACUCAAAAGAAGUUCAAAUAGCUUUUUAAAUUCUUUGUUUAUAUUUUCUUUUACAUUCUUAAAUUAUGCAAGCAUAAAAUAUAGUGAAACUUUACUUUUUAGGGUGUAGGUUGGUUGUAUUUAUUUAUGAUCUGCUUAGGUGAUUUAAAUUUUAUGUGUUUUAGACAAAUUAAUUUUAGGCAGUUAUUAUUUUUGUAA